AUGGUGCGAGGGGUACGACAUUCAGUAGGUCUUCACCUCUGUAUCAUACCCUUAAGCAACAAACAGACUGAAUUCGCCAAUCGAGAGAUCUUGCGGAUCUUGCGGGUUCGACUCAACCAUGUCAGAGAAAAUUGGGUGGACGAGCUCCCCGGCGUGCUAUGGACCAUCCGCACGACCCCUAAGGAAGGUAUGGGAGUAACCCCAUUCCACUUGGUGUAUGGAGGUGAAGCGGUCGUCCCCGUCGAGAUCAGAGUUGAGUCUGACCGGAUGCAGAGCUACAGCGAGUACAACGCCGAGCGGAGGCUAUUGGAGCUAGACCUGGUGGAUGAGGCGCGCGCUAAGGCCUCCGUUCGGCUGAUGGCCUACAGGCAAAGAAUGCGGCAAAACUACAAUAGGAGGGUGAUUCUGAGGUCGUUCCAGGUCGGGGACCUCGUAUGGAAGAAGGUGAAGCCAGUCGGUGAUGUCACCAAACUGGAGGCUCCCUAG